CCUUGUCAAGAUGGAAGAACCUGCUUGUAGCCCAGUUCAUUAUAAGAGAAGCAUGUCCUCUGCGGAGCUAGAGUUUGAAGAUUUCCUUCGGGAAGAAGAUGAAUUGCAAAAGCAACGACAUAAGGACUUUCAAAAACCGAAAAAUCCCAUCCAACCGUUGGAUUACAAGUACAAACUAGAUUGCACUUUACCUGAAUACAGCCCAAGAUUCAUCAAUGUCCCAACUAUAAUUGUUUUGGUUGGUUUGCCGGCAAGAGGAAAGACCUAUAUGGCCAAAAAACUGGGACGCUAUCUUAACUGGAUAAGCAUUCAAACGAAAGUAUUUAAUGUUGGUGAAUAUAGACGGAAAGUUGUUGGGACAGACAAACUGCAUGAUUUCUUUAGAGUUGAUAAUGAGCAAGCCCAAGCCAUAAGAAGGCAGUGUGCAUUAACCUGUUUGGAAGAUGUCAGCAAAUGGUUGUCAGAAGGAGGACAAGCUGCA